UCCUCCCAAAAAUCACACAGCUCUGUCUCUCUCUCUAAAAACCUCGUUAAAGCUAAAAGCUCCAAUUUUUUCAAUACCCAUUAGGAAUUUUGUACAUAACCACGAUGAAGAGCUUGAUCCCAUGGUACACGAUUGGACUCGUGGUAGCAUGGUACAGUUCCAACAUCGGUGUCUUGCUCCUCAACAAGUACUUGCUCACCAACUAUGGUUUCAAGUACCCUGUGUUCCUCACCAUGUGUCACAUGUCCAUGUGUUCUGUGCUCAGCUUCGUUGCCAUUGCAUGUAUGAAAGUGGUUCCCGUGCAACACAUUGCGUCAAAGACACAGUUCGUCAAGAUCGCUGGGCUCAGUGUCGUUUUCUGCUUCUCCGUGGUUUGUGGGAAUGUGUCAUUGAGGUAUAUUCCGGUGUCGUUUAACCAGGCAAUCGGGGCCACCACGCCGUUCUUCACAGCGGUUUUUGCUUACGUGAUGAGCAAGAGGAGGGAGUCCUGGGUUACUUAUGUGACUCUCAUUCCUGUUGUUGCUGGGGUCAUCGUUGCAACUGGGGGUGAACCGAGUUUCCAUUUGUUAGGGUUUAUAGUUUGUGUUUCAGCUACAGCUGGAAGGGCAUUCAAGUCAGUGCUUCAGGAAAUUUUGCUAUCCUCAGAAGAAGAAAAGCUGAACUCUAUGAACCUUCUGCUGUACAUGGCGCCAAUAGCUAUAGUUUUCUUACUUCCUGCAACACUAUUGAUGGAGGACAAUGUGUUUGAGAUCACAGUAGAUCUUUCCAGAAGAGAUUCCAAAAUGGUCUGGUAUCUGCUGUUCAAUUCUUCACUUGCAUAUUUUGUGAACUUGACCAAUUUCUUGGUCACUAAACACACAAGUGCUUUGACUCUCCAGGUUCUGGGAAAUGCAAAAGGAGCUGUUGCUGUGGUCAUUUCAAUUUUGAUAUUUAAAAACCCAGUUUCAUUUAUUGGGAUGGCAGGUUACGGGCUCACGGUUGUUGGAGUUGUAAUUUACAGUGAAGCCAAGAAGAGAUUCAGAUGAAAUUUGUGUAUGUGAUCAUCAAGCAAGCACAUUGAUCUAUCAUCCUUUUACUUGGCACGCAGGGACACUAUCAAGAUUUCAGUAACAUGGUUCAACCUCUUGCUAACCUGAUGCCUAUAAUGUGCCUGCAUAACUUUUACCAUUUGGAAGCUAUAAAGAUAAUAUCCAUGAUUACACACCAACCAAAUUCAGUAGCAAGCAAGUUCUAUACAAAACCAUUGAUCUCCACUCACUAGGCCGCAGUAUCAGCUUUUGUUUCAGGGUACUGCUUGACCUGAUGCAUUCAAGUCUUUUUUUUUUCCUCCUCAAGGCCUCAGACUCAGUGCCAUACCUUGAUUAUUUACUGACAGGUAUUUCAAUAUUGUAUUCAACAUAAUCAUCAUUAGGAUUCAAGUUAUUUUGUUGUAUGGGAGCUGUACAAUGUUAUUCAAUCUGCAGGGACAUGUUUGA